CAUUAAAUAGACCAACAGCAAUGUCAACAACAACUGCAAAUUUGAAUGGAAAUUUAAUGAAAUUUAAAACAAUCAACGGUGAUAAUCAUGAUGGUGAUAAUCACGUUAGUUGCAGUGGACAAUUGUUAUCAACAUUUUCAACAACAUCAACUAAUAAACAUUGUCAAAUAGUUCAAAUGGCCAAAACAUUUCAUAAUAACGGUAAUGAUAAUGACAAUCAAAGUAUUUUGGAUAAAAAUAUCGUACAUUAUCCACCACCACCACCACCACAUCAUCAUCAUCAUCAUCAUUUAAUACAUUGUACAAAUCAUAAUGAUAAAAUGAUUGAAGGAAUCAACCAAGAUGAUGAAAUGAAAUUAUUACCACAUCCUCAUCAUUCUUUUCAUACAAAUCAUUCUUCGGAUUACCACCAUCAUCAAAAUCAUCAUCAAAUAAACAUAACAACAUUACCAAGAUUAAAAACAUCGAAAACAUUAAUAAAUUGCUCUUGUUGUUGUGGUGGUUGUGGUUGUUGUGGUUGUCAUCAUCAUCAAAAUGAACAUCCAAAUCAUCAUCAUGGAUCAUAUUUAGAAUUAACAACACAACAAUCGAUUGUAUCGAAACCAUCACCAUCGAUUAUCAAUAAUAAUAAUCAUCAAAAUCAAAUCGAUUAUUUAUUACAUCAUCCACAACAACAACAACAGCAACAACAAUAUAAUCCUGGUUUAUGUACAGAAUUAUUACCGAUGACCAUAAUGAAUUCAUCAUUACCAAAUAAUGAUAAUAAACAAUAUUCACAUGUACAAAUCUGUCCAUCACCACCAUCACAAUUAUCAUCAUCAUCACCAUUAUCAACCAUAACACAGAUUGAUGAUUAUCAUCAUCAUAAUCAUCAUCAACAGCAUUUGGUUCCUGAAGAGCUUACCGUUUAUAUAACCGAAGAUAAUCCAACGAUGAAUCCAAUGAUAAUCGAUGGUAAUCAUCAUCAUCAUCCGCUACAACUUCAUCAAGAUGAACAGAAUUUUCUUGCUAUAAACAAUUUAACCGAUCAACAACAACAACAACCAGAAUUACAUAAUAAUUCAUUUAUCUUAACAUCAUCAUCUCAAUCAUCAGCAGCAUCAUCAUCAACGAAUGAUCAAUCGGUAGUGAUAACAUCAGCAGAUUUGGUACCAAAAAUAGCAACAACAACAGCGACACCUGUUAUGAAAAAUUCUCAAUUACAUAAUAAUACAAUGAUGUUAACAACAACACCAAUACGACAAGUAUCAAAUUUCCGAACAACAUCUAUGAAUGGGAUGUUGAUAUCGGAUCAAUCAAUGAUAAUGGCCACCAACACCACUGCAACAACAACAACAACAGCUAUAACAUCAUCACCAUCAUCAUCAAUACAAUUACAACCAAAAUCGGCAAUUAAAGUACGAUUUGUUGAAUGAUUCCAGCAAAUUGUUUUCGGAAAUUGUCUAAAAAUAAUGUUAAAUUUUUCUAUUUA